AUGGCCGGUCCAUAUUCAAGUCUGCCUCGUCACGACCUGACAAGCACCAAAUCUGGGUCGUCGAUGACACAGGGGCUGGAACCCAGCAUUCAUUCAUCAGGCGACGAUGUACCCAGUAUCACCGAGCGCGUGGCGACCGUCGGGCUUACAAAAAAAGGAAAACGCAUCGCUCCGUCCCCAAACGCGAGACUGAGGAAUAGCCUCCUAGGCACGCUGGGCUUGUUGGAGUUGGCCAAUGCUGCCGACUUUGCCGCGAAUGUCUGGAACGAUAUACCUGUUCCGACCUACGUUAUCGUCUUGAUGGCUUGUGGAGGAGCUCUCGCCCUUAUUCUCACUGUGCCGGCAAUCAUGGAUGCCAGGCGCAGCUGGAAUAACAUAUGCUUCUUACGCGAGCACCGGCGGCGGCUCAGAAACGAGAUGCGAGAGCGCUUGGGUGAUUCAUUACCUUCCUACGACAUAGAUGCAAUUCGAGAUGUUCUCCACCGCGAGACUGGCAGCGAGAUUAUCAACCGGUUUGGCAUGAAUGUUGUGAUGGGUACGGGGGCCUUGAUCAUCGGUGUUGGUACUCUCAUGGCUAUUUGGGGCGCCAAUCACUCCGUUUGGCUUGCAAGUAAUAUUCUAUCGGGAUAUCUUGGGAAUGCCCCGGUCGCUCUCUACGGCCUGGUUAACUCGGUCUGGUGCUUCCACCUUUUCAGAAAGGCACAAGAACAUAAGCGCGUGACAGCGGAGAAGCUCGAGGGUCACACCGUCUUAGAUCAACUGCAUCGACGCUUUCUCAGCACCCAGAUUUACGCUGCUGCUAGUGGCUUGACUACGCUACUCGGUGGUGUAGGCGGAAUGAUGACCCCGACACUUUGGAUGGGUUAUGUGGUACUUAUUCCUGUCAUCAUUUCAUCCUUUGCCUGUAGCUUUUGGUGGAAGAAGCGGUUGGCAUAUAACCGGCCGUUCACCGGACGUACCUUGGGCCUAGAGGAGAGCUCCAUCAUCCUUGAAUUGGAGUACAUUCCAAAAGUGCAAGCGAAACUGGUAGCUGGAAAGGGUGUCGAUCAGAUUGUCAAUGAUCCUCACUGUUUGGUUGCACUCCUCGAUUUUAUCACGCACAAUGACAUGUUCGAAGACUUCGUUAUUUCCCUGGCAGGAGACCAAUCGAUUUCAGACGUUCUCUUUACCUUGUCCGCGGGGCCACUUGAAAUUACAAGGACAGCCUUGCUAGAAUUGCCGCCGAAGCUACAUCCAGCAGUUGUCGACAGUGCACGGACAUUCAUCAAUGGCUACACUUUUCAAUGCUGUGUAUACCGAGAACGUUAUUUAUGCGAUCUUCUAGGGAGCUUUAUUCUUGGAAAUAAGGAUAAGAGUACGGUAAUAGAAAAAAGAUAA